CGUAAAUUGUCAAAUAAAUUGUCUUAUCAGGACUCUCGGUGAUAUAUAACACGACAAAUUGUUCAUUCCAUUGCAAAAUGAAAAACAAUUUGUUUAAUUCACUUCAUUAACAACUCCCGACUAUUUUUACAAUCCCAGAAAUUAUUUAUAAAUAUAAAUUCAAAGUCUAAAAUUUAGAGAUCCAUAAAUAUUUUCAGGCAUCACAAUAACCCCUCAAUUCAUAGGUUAUCCAGGACAUGCGAUAAAAUGGCGGUUGUAAUGAGUGAACGGUUCAUGAUAAAAAGUGGGGGAAUUCGAUCGUUAUUCUAUUCUCCAUUGGUGUCAUACACGUCUGGACCAGUCACCAAGAGAAAAAUGGGAAAAUUGACAAGUGAAGAGAAAAAAUCACUCCAGAUUUUGAAGACUGGGUGGAGCCUUCAGGAGGACAGGGAUGCUCUCUACAGGGAAUUUAAAUUCAAGGACUUCAAUGAGGCAUUUGGAUUUAUGACGAGAGUAGCUCUUAAAGCAGACAAAAUGGAUCAUCAUCCCGAGUGGUUCAAUGUUUAUAACAAAGUCAACAUUACAUUGACAUCCCACGAUGUCAAUGGAGUAUCUCACAGGGAUGUCAAGCUCGCUGAAUUCAUUAACGAAAUCACAAGCAAAUCUGUGACUCAAUAAAUUGCAACAAAUCGGGCGAUUUUAUUUCUCUUCAAUUUCUAUCAAUUUGAAUAUUCCAGAUUUAUAUUUUUAUGUUUGUUUACAGAAUAUUAAAAAGAGAGGACAAUAAAUGACACGUAAUCAUAA